AGCUGUCUGUCUGGAAAGACGUAGAAGUUGCAGUCGACAAUGUUAUAAAUCAUUGGGUUUUUUAGCUGUUAAGUCCGCCGGUAUGUGCCCAUGACACAUGGUAGACUCGUUUUGAUAAGGAGAUUUUAAAAGGAGAUGAAAAAGCUCAAGCGAAAGAAACUCAACCGGGCGAAUGUACCUGUCACAAAAGAAGUGGACUGUGGGAGGAAACAGAAGUUAGCUGAGAUCCACCAGGCAUUAAACAGUGAUCCAGUGGACAUUGAGACCCUGAGGAGGGCUGCGGCCAGUAAGGGAGGACUGCUUACAAAUGAACUUCGCAGGAAAGUGUGGCCCAAACUGCUCAACAUCAACGUUUACGAGCUUCCAUAUAAACCCGGGAGAGAUGGACGGGAGAACCACAAGGACUACAACCAGGUGGUCCUGGAUGUCAGGAGAUCCAUGAAGCGCUUUCCGAAUGCGAUGCCGUCUGCAGAGCGGGCCGUGCUCCAGGAGCAGCUCGUGGGCAUCAUCCUUGAGGUUCUGAGGUGCAACCCGCAGCUCAACUACUACCAGGGCUACCAUGACGUGGCCGUCACGCUGCUGCUGGUCGUCGGGGAGCGGGUGGCCCUUGCCAUGUUGCACACUUUAUCGAAAUAUCAUCUCAGGGAUUUCAUGGAUCCAACAAUGGACAGCACCAAACAUAUUUUAAACUACCUCAUGCCUUUAUUGGAAGAAGUGGACAAAGAACUGCAUGACUUCAUGAUGAGAGCGGAGGUGGGAACCAUCUUUGCCCUGUCCUGGCUUAUCACGUGGUAUGGGCACGUCCUGUCUGAGUUCAAACACACACUGAGACUCUACGACUUAUUCUUGGCCUCACACCCCAUGAUGCCCAUCUACCUCGCUGCUACAAUCGUGUUGCACAGAGAGCAGGAGGUGAAGCAGACGGAAUGCGACAUGGCUAUGGUGCACUACCUCCUCUCCCGCAUGCCCCAAGACCUCCCGUACGAACUCCUGAUCAGCCAUUCCCAAGACUUGUUCAACUGCCACCCUCCCGCCUUGCUGGCUAAGCGGGUGGCGCCGCAUUCUCGUAAAAGCUUGUCCAUAAGCACCUUCAAGGCCUUUCAGCUCUCAACGCUCCACCAGAGGCCAGACUCUGUUCUUCGGUGUCUCACCAAGGCUCAGGCCUCUGCCACUUCAAGACCAGCUCGUCACUCGGGCCUGGACGUGGCUUUGCCCGCGAACGGAGGCCGGUGGUGGGGGAAGGGGAACAGGAUGGUGAAGAUGGCGGUGUGGGGGCUGUCAGCAACGCUAGGGGUGGCCGUUUUCGCUGUCGCCCAGACGGCCAUGGAGUGGGCACCCGACGCGUUGCUGCAGCUCUUCUGAUGGGCUUCUUCUUUGGCUUCCCUGCGAGGACAGCUGUUGGCCGUUAGCUUAGUUUUUUGUGUUUUUAUAGUGCAAAAUCACACAGAGGUGUUUGCCAUUUAAGAUAUUUUUGUUCUGUGUAUGUGUGUGAUUUAUAUGUUAUCUUUUCUUUUCUUUUUUUGUUAGUGUGCUUGGGGGAAUUUCUCAGAACCAAAAAGUGCCGCUGGCCAAAUGAAAGAAAUAAUUUAAGAGCUGAAAACUUCUCAGUACAGAUGAAGAAAGAGGGAAAAAAAGGGGGGGGUGUUGGUGCAAUUACUUGUUACACUGUGCACAUGCCUUAUAAUAACGGACUUUUUUUUCCCCAAGAAGUUUGUCUAUUCCAAGGUUUUUACAUUAUCAGACCGUUGAGGCACACGCCCCCACCCCUGCUGAAUAAAUACAAGAAGCACUUAUGUUCUUUAAAUAUUAAGCGGGGUUAUGCCCGAACAGAGUAUUUAUUGCAGCAGAAACAUGAGGCUGUUUUAUGACAUGCAAUGGGAAGAAAAAUAUAUUUUUUUAAAUGUAUUUAUUCAUUAGAGAAAGUAGCGUGUCAGAGGAACUUACAAAGAAUAUAAUUGUUUUAGAACCCGAAAUUGGAAUAUUAAUAAUACAGACGUAUGAGUGUGUGUUAGCAAUGUAGCGUUUUCCCCAGCAAUGUCUGCGCCGUUUGCCGGCGUCUUCGGCUCUGAAAUAUUCAUCAGCUUUUACUCACACGUGCCGACUGCAUCUGUGAGCGCAAGUUCGCACAGCACAGACUUGGCCUCCCUUGGCUCGGCCUGCCCGUCAGGCUAAUGGCGAGCUACAAACGUUCGUCCCAAAAAAUGUGUAUACCCAAUUUAUGUGGAGGACUUUGUUCGGCCGACUAUCUCCGUGUUUCACAGAAUAGGUUCCAGCUACUAGCUACUUGGAGUUUCACUUAAGGCCUGUAGAUGUUGCUAACCUGCCUUUUAAACUGUUGUUGGUUAUCAAAACUAAUCAAGAAGACGACUUUACCGCGUUCUGCAGACUCGGAAUGCAAAUGGUAAAAAUAAUGCAAGCCAAAAUGUGCUUUGAUGUGUGAUAAUCUCAAAGAAAGAGCUGAUACUCAUAGUUUUACUUAAGUCCUGGAGGUGUCACUGGCGUGCCUUUCAAACUAUUCCCAACUUUCAAAAUAAAUCAAGACAAAAACAUUUCCAGCUUCUGCGGACGCAGAAUUCCAAAAUCUCAAAGAGAGACGGACCUUUCUUAAUGUGAGGUUAGCUACUUGCCGGUCUACUUAAGUCCUGUAGGUGUCGCUAGCGUGCCUUUCAAACUAUUGCCGACUGUCAAAAUACAUCAAGACAACAACAUUUCCGGCUUCUGCAGACUCAGAAUUCCAAAACCUCGAAGAGAGACGCACCUUUCUUAAUGUGAGGUUAGCUACUUGCUGGUCUACUUAAGUCCUGUAGGUGUAACUGGCAUGCGUUUCAAACUGUUGCUGACUGUCAAAAUAAAUCAAGACCACAUUUCUGUUUCUGUUAGUGACGGUCUGUUGCAAGGCAGUUCUGUACAUGUCACAAGUACAUGUACAUGCGCUUCAAAAUGUUGCCUACUGAAAAGUCAAGAUGUAAACAAUAUUCUUUGACGUGUGCUGACAACUGAAAGAAAGGCUUAAGCUACUCGCAUUUUCACUUAAGUCUUGUAGGUGUCGCUAAUGUGCCUAUUAAAAUCUUGCCGUCUGUCAAGCAAAUGAAGACAACAUUUGCUAAUGCUAACAACAAUGCUAACUACAAUGUGCCUUGAUGUCUGCUAAAAACUUCUUACGGCGCGAGUCCCCACUGCUAUUUAAGAUUGGCGUGAUGUCCUUCGGGGUUGCUGAGCUUGAGUAAUUAAAAAUCCCGUCAGUCUGUCACUCAAUUAGCUAGUUUGUUAGUUGGCUACUUUUCUUGCAGCAGAAAGAAUGCAGAGACUUUUAUUGUUAAUCGCUUUAAUUAGGCGCGCGAUAAAUCGGCGCCUCUCAGGCCAGUUUUGUUUUGUAUCUGUGUUGGUGCUCUUUAUGUACAGGCAUUGUUUUAAUUUCAACUGCCUGACUUUUUGUUAUAUGGAAUCAUUAUGACUCACUGGUGUCAGUAAAAAUGAAAAUGAAUCCAAAAUAAUAAUAAAAACAAAAACUGGUUUUCAUGGUGUGCAUAUGGUUUUUGAAAUUUGAAAGUUUGGACACACUUGCCCAUGCUAUCAAGAGAAGGCGCGUCUAAACUUUUCACUGGUACUGUGUAUUCAUUACACAACCAUGCUCUUAACAAGUGUUUUACCGAAGGAAAAAACUAAUAUUUAAAUAUUUAUCACUGUAUUCCAAAGUAAUGAUGUUAAGUUAUGAGUACCCUGUGAAAUGGAGUUGAUCCCCUUGUGUAAAG